AGCGGUUAUCGGACACAAAAAUAAUCGGUCGAAAAAAUCAAUAUUUGUAGAUCUCUAAUGUAUUCUUAUAAUAGAGUAUAUUUAAUAGUCUAAUUAUUAUUAUUGUGUCUAAGCAUAAUUAACUGUUUUUGCAUAGCAGUUAUUGGACACUUAAAACUGGUAUCGGUAGAUCUCUAGAAUGUAUUUGCAUAGAUUAAUAGUCUAAUGAUUAUUAUUGUGUCAAAAAGCAUGAAACACUUAUUAACUGGUUUUGCAUAUCAGUUAUCGGACACUUAAAAAUAAUCGGUAUCAGUUGAAAAAAAUAGCGUAGAUAUCUAUAUUUAAUGUAUUGUUUGCAUAAAUUACUUUUAAUAGUAUAAUGAUUAUUAUUGUGUCCAAAAGCAUAAACACAUUUUAAAAAUGUGUUUUGCAUAUCGGUUAUCGGACACUUAAAAAUAAUCGGUAUCGGUCAGAAAAAAAAUAUUUAAAAAAUAUCGGUAGAUCUCUGUAAUGUAUUCUUUGCAUAAAUUGAUAGUCUAAUGAUUAAUAUUGUAUCAAAAAGCGUAAAACACUAACUGGUUUUGCAUAUCGUUAUCGUUCGAAAAAAUAUCGGUAGAUUUCUACUACAAAUUAUGUAAUCAUCUCUUCACCCAAACACUGGUUUGGUUUGACCCCCAACAGGGAUGGUAGGCAAAAGCCAAGACUUUCUACCAGGAUUCAUCAGCAAAUUUCGGCCCAAAGGACAAAGAGAUGGAGUGCAGCUAGAAAGAGAGAGAGGCAAGUGAGUGUCAACACAAGGGUGGCAUACGUCAAGAAACGUCCCACAUUGCAUUCUGAGACCAUUGUUGAUGUAGAAGACUGGUGAGAUUGUAAGGGAACGAGAGAAUGAGUAAACGAGUGCAAAAGAUGUGCAUUACCUCAUUUCUCACAUGUUGGACUGGAUCAUUCUAUUGUGGCUGGAACAAUGAUGGCCAAGUGAAGAGAGCUUAAAAACCCAAGAAUCAGACAGACAGAUAUCAAGCUACUGGACAGACAACAACCAACAAAGAGGAGAACGCUGAUCCGGGUCUCUCCUUGAUGGUGUUUUCUCUGGUAGGCGGGGCCACACUGUGUGGCGCAGCAGCCCUAGUGCUGCUCCUCAUCUCUACUGCAACGGACCAUUGGAUGCAGUAUCGCUACUCGGGAAACGCAUCCAAUCAGGGCCUCUGGAGGUUCUGCAUCAAUCGCAAGUGCCACGCCCAUACGCUCACUGCGGCUUUUUGGGAUGCCACACGAGCCUUCAUGCUGCUGUCGGUUUUGAGUGCUUUUGCUGGAGUGGUUUUGGGCUUUGUUGCAUCCAACAGGCCCAGGAGCAGCCGAGUACGGACCGGAGGGAUUGCACUGCUCCUGUCUGGAUUCUUUGCACUACUGGCUUUGGCAAUCUACACUGGAGUGAUGGUCGAUUUCUUUGGCAAGCGUUACAUUGACUGGAGGUUCUCAUGGUCAUAUAUCUUGGGUUGGAUUGGCAUCAUUUUGGCUUUGGGGGCGGGUGUUUUGCAGCUUUGUGCAUAUAAAAGAAGCAUUGCUGAGCCUGCACCUGCAAGUGUUUCAGACAGCUGAAAUACUGCCUGAACUUCUCAAGAAAAUGAAAAACAUUAUUGUGGAUCUCCGGCAUUCUGAACAAGAUCUCAAACAUCA